AGAGCAAUUGUGAACUGUAGUCGCUCUUGUCUGUCAUCCAACCUGAUGGACCCUUGCGGCUCGACUCAUCUCCAACAAUGAGCUCUUCUCUUCUCCCACCACCGACGUCCUUGCGGCAUCCAUUCGAUCGCCGCGUGGACGAGGUGAAACCAUCAAAAGCAGACUUGAACUUCCUGAUCAUGGACUAUUUGAUCAACGAAGGCUACCCUGACGCCGCAAUGAACUUUGCCAAAGAAGCCAGCAUCGUUCCUUCGGCUGACGGCGAAGCCAUUCAAGAAAGAGUAGACAUUCGUAACGCCAUUCAUACCGGUGACUUGCAGCUUGCCAUUGAGCGCAUCAAUGAACUCAACCCACAGAUCCUUGACAAUGAUCCGACACUGCACUUCCAGCUGCUUCGCCUGCAGUUGAUCGAACUCAUCCGUGAAAUCGUGAAUGCGCCGGGUCCUCCUUCGCCUGCUGCGUUUACGCCUGCUCUCGAAUUUGCUACCUCGCAACUCGCUCCACGGGCACCAACUUCGCCUGCCUUCCUGCAAGACCUUGAACGCACUAUGGCCCUGUUGAUCUUCCCGUCGGACAAGCUCACGCCACAACUCAAGCAGCUUCUCGAUCUCAGCCUGAGACAGACAGUGGCCAGUCAAGUCAAUGAAGCCAUCCUGUCGUCUCAAGGCCAGAGACGCGAGGCGCGCAUUCGUAAUCUUGUUCGCUUGAGAGCUUGGGCAGAGCAAAGAGCGCGAGAGACAAAGAACUCUGACCUGCCUGAAAAAAUUAGUUUGGGCUUGGAGACUCAUCUAAACCAUUCUGCGGAUGGCGAGGCCAUGAUUACGUGAACACAUGAAACUUCUUCGACUUGCUUCGGUUUUAGCGAUGGCGCUGGUUGGUUGGGACUUGCAUAGAUACGGUACACAUAGCAUUGUUAAUGGAUGUUCGCAGAACAACUUUGACACGA